AUGGAUUUUUUCAAUGAAUUGGUUGCCGACGGGAGCGAAUUCAACAAAAAGGACUAUUUGGAAAGGGGGAUAGUCGUUAUUGAUUUCCCUUCUAAAGAUCAAAUCUGUAGAGGAUGUGCAGUGGCAUCACAUGAAGGUGAGCAGAAGUGUUCUCCUCUGAGAGUAAUGCAAAGCGCUCAGGAAGUUGGAACAUGGAAAUGUACCACUUGGGAGAAACUGCAAAGAGACUUGGUGAAGCUUCAGAAAAGCCUUCUCUUCAAUCACUAUAAAGCGAAAAGGGUGGAGAUAAGUCAUUAUAUCGAUCAUGAUGAAAUAAAUGAUUGA